AUGAGUCGCGCGGUGCUAAUCAGCGCGCGAGGCGGCAGCAGCGGCGGCGCGUUCGGCGCGAACCGCAUUGUGGUGCUGUUCACCGUGUCGCUACUGCUCGUGGCGUCCGCAGCCGCCUCGUUCUUCGCCUUCUGCCCGGCCUCGUCGCGAUCCAUCGACGAAACCAAGCAUCACCAGUGGCAGCUGCAGCAGGAAGUGGUAACGCAGCACCAGCGGCAGUUGCAACAGGAGCAGCAGGAGGGGGUGGUUGGGAACUUCAACGCAAGUCAACCGAGUCAACAGGGGCAACAGCAGGUCAACGGCGCCAGUGGAGGGGCAAGAAGAGAGGCAAGAGAUGGGUCAGGGGGGGGAGGAGCAGGAGGAGCAGCAGCAGGGCCUGGGGAGCAGGAGGAAAUAGAUGAGAAUCAGCCGCCGGAAACUUCGGGGAAAUGCCCCCCAUCUGAAACCAUUGUCAAGCACAGUCUCUGGCACGCCAGCGGGCGCUACUUCCACUCCAUGGGCGUCUUCCCUUUCUGCUCCAUGGACGCAUGCUUCAACUACUCGCACUGCCCUGCAGACCCCUCAAAGGAGCCCCUUGUCUACUCUUACUGGCCCGGCCAGCACUAUUUUAAGAAGUUCAAUGAGACCCGCUGGCACACGGACGAUCCUGCCAAGGCGUGUUUCUUCUUUGUGCAUAUGGCGAGAGGGCAGCCGAACGAGUUCACGGAUUUGGAGCACUGGGGGAAGAACGGCGCUAACCACGUGCUCAUAAGUUUCUCAGACUCUUGGAGCGGUCCAUCCCCUUUUGGAGUCUCCUCGGCAAUGGUUAUGGUCACCAACGCACAGGCCACGAUCAUGAGAACAGAUUUCGAUACUUCCAUCCCGCUGCCCCAAAUGUGGAAAAACCCGCCCAUUGAGCUCCGGAACCUGCCCGCCGGAUCUGCCCGGAAAUAUUUCCUGACGUUCCGAGGCACGCGUUACCUGGGGAAUUUGAAGGGUAAUUUCCGGAGUGCCCCGGAGUUUAAGGCGUUGCACAACGGCAAGGAUGUGGUUGUGCUGACAAGAUGCGGGGGAUCUACCAACGCGCGCAUUCUCGCAGAGGAACCUUCCUUGAAACCCGAGUGCGACGAGGAUGCCAAGCUUUACACUCAGUACGACUUUGCUGACGUCAUGAACACCACCUUCACUCUUGCUCCGGCCGGCCGACAAGGUUCCACCUAUAGGUUCCUGGAGGUGCGUGCACAGUGCUUUUCAAGUCAAGUGAUGCAAUGGGAUGUGUGCGGGCUGACGUGUGCUGACGUCAUGAACACCACCUUCACUCUUGCUCCGGCUGGCCGACAAGGGUCCACCUACAGAUUCCUGGAGGCGCUAACAGUGGGAGCCAUCCCAGUGGUGGUGGCGGACAACUGGCGUGUGUAUUGUCUGCUGAUCGUGUGUAUUGUCUGCUGA